AUGGUUUACAAAGGACCAAGUCGAGGCUGUUACACCUGCCGCCGGCGGCGCGUUAAGUGCGAUGAAGGCCGGCCUCAAUGCGGCAAUUGUAUCAAAAGAAAACAGGAAUGUCCUGGUUAUCGGGAUUUGUUUGAUGCCGUUCACAAAGAUGAAACUUUCGUCGUCUCUCACAAAGGCUCCACGAAAAGAUGUGCAAAGAGCGACAGCUCCUCAGAUGAGGAUAACCAUCAUGAUAUCGACAUGUUUCUCGGCCCUUUAAGCGCAGAUGCAUUCAAAGCAGACCUAACGGCACCAGACCUGUCGAUGUUACCUCCCAAGGGUGAUGAGCUCACUCUUCUCCUCCUCAAGCCCUCUCGAAAUUUCGAGUUGGAGUCUCUAUACUACUUCUUUUCCAACUAUGUCAACAUCCCCCGAGACCCAAGCACCAACAUCUUCGUCGAGCACAUUCUCCCAUUGUACAUCAACGCUCCAGCUCAUUCGGCAUUGGCUCAAGCCAUAAACGCCGUUGCGAUCAACGUUACCCAGAUGUGGAUGGCCCGAUUUUCCCACUCGUAUCUGGCUCAGGAAGCAUACGGCAAAGCCGUGGCCCUUCUCAAAGAGAGCCUGCAGGACCCAGUCCAGUCUCGGACGGACAACACUCUUGCGACGGUCUUUAUGCUCGACUUUUACGACUCUCUCAACAAGCGUUUCACCAACUUUAUCGACACCGGUACUCAUCAGCAAGGAGCCGUCGCGUUACUGCGGCACAGGGGUAAAGACAAUUUCAAGACCGCACUCUCCCAACGCUUAUUCACCGCCAUGAGGAGUCGACAUAUAAAUUAUUCUUUACAAACGGGACAAGAGGUUCAACUUGAUGAUGAUCUCCUCGCAGAAGACACUGCCGUCUUGCCUUCCGCCAAGCUCGAUCUCAUCAAUGUUGAGCUCGCCGACCUCCACAUGUUCGCCCGGAACGGACCCUCCGCGGCGGGCUUGAACUUGAUCGAAUUCUACCAGGCGAUUAUCAAGAGGGCCCUUAUCAUCGACCAAAAGCUGCAAGCAUGGAGGGAUUCGCUUCCAAAGUCAUGGCAACCAGUCCCUAUUCCUGCCUCCCAACUUCACCCUUCCAUACGAGCUGCUGGUGUUUACGAAGACACCUGUGACGUAUAUUCGUCCCUUUCGAUCUCUCACAUCAACAAUGCUUCUCGGAGUUCACACAUUGGGGCUCUUCGCCUUGUUGCAUUGUCCAUGAAGGAACUCGAAGAACUCGGUGUCGGCACCAACCCUGAACUCGGCCCUUACCUCUACAAGAAAAUGCAAGAGAUCGUGGAUCGUUUCUGUGCAUCGAUUCCAUAUCAUCUAGGGAACAGAACAACGCUUUCAUUCCCUCAUGAGCACAGGGAAUACCCGCACGUCCCCGAAGAGCUUCGCCGACAGGCAAAAUACGUUGACCCCUUUGGAAAUGAGGUGGAGAUGACCAUGGAAGACCACAUGCGCGCUGCUGCAGCCAUUGGUGGCUGGUUCAUCAUGACUCCGCUUGCAGGGUUCCUCAAGGCUCCCGCUCUGCAAUCCAAAAAUUUCAGACCUGGCCCGCUGAUAGGCAAAUUACGAAAAGGUCAACUGGAAUGGAUUCGUGGUCAAACGCAACGAAUUCAAAAGAUCUAUCUAGUUCCGGACGCCGCCACGGACAGCGACUGGUUGGCCGAAAUGAAGAGGUUUGCCAGAGGACUCAACAUUUUCCAGGCACCAAAUUGGAAUCGAGAAACUUGGGCCGUCUGA